AUGUGCGCUGACGACGUUCGUCCCGGGAAGCUGCAGUCUGGAUCCUGUUUUCCUGCCGAGUUCCCAGGGGCAGAUGCCCACUCACACCAGGGGAGUGGAGAGUCUCCUGCCCGGGGCCACUCAGAAUGCCGGGUGGUAGCCGUGGCGGGGCUCCACGCCCCCCCGCUCCCCCCAACACUCACGCCCCAGCACAGCACGAGGUGGCUGGGCGCAGGCACCGACCGCUGUGCUGCACAGCCCUCUGCCCAGGCAGCCAUGUGGCCAGAUGCGGCGCUGCUCGCCUUCUGCUGCCUUGUCCUGAGCACCGCCGGGGGCCCUUCCCAAGAUUUCUGUUCCCAGGUCCUUAACUCAGAUGUGAAGCCAGGAUUUCCCGAAACAAUAAAGACCAAUGACCCAGGAGUCCUCAAAGCAGCCAGACACAGUGUUGAGAGGUUCAACAACUGCACAGAUGACAUCUUCUUGUUCAAGGAGUCCCACAUCAACAGAGCCCUGCUGCAGAUAGUGAAAGGCCUGAAGUACAUGCUCGAGGUGGAAAUUGGCCGAACAACCUGCAGGAAAACCAAGCACCCUAGUCUGGACAACUGUGACUUCCAAACCAACCACACCUUGAAGCAGACUCUGAGCUGCUACACUGAAGUCUGGGUCAUCCCCUGGCUCCAGAGGUUCGAGGUGCCUGUCCUCCGCUGUCACUGA